AUGCACCGCAACCAGAAGCGGGUCGGGGCGGCAGCGUCCACACCAAUGGCCGCGGAGACGCCGAAGGGGCGGGUCAGUGUUUCGAGGUUAAAAGGCCAGGACUUGGUGACCAGUGAGCCCGAGAGGCGGCGCGACCUGGCGGCCGGGGCAGGACCUCGGGGCAGGACCUCGGGGCCCGGGCGCCGCCGCAAGCACGGCCUGAAAGCCUCGCGGGGCGAGCGAGCGCGGUUCCAGUGCGCUUGGCGGGUGGGCGGAGCCCGGGGCGCCGGAGGUCACCCGGGCCGGGCUGCUCAGGCGGGAAAGGAGCCGGUCGGCCUCGGGCCCGGGCGCCGCGGGGACGGGGCGGGGGCGGGCAAGGGGGCGCGGGACACGGCGGGGCCGCACGCCCCGGACCCCGGACGCGACUGUCCGGCCAGGCCUCGAGCCCCGCGCCGCUCGGAGCCUCAGCACCUGGCGCGGCCUCAGCUCGGUGGGCUCGCAGCGCCGCCUCGACGCCGGGCGCCUCGGCACGAGAACGCGCACACGCGGCGGCGGCGGCGGCCCGGGCGCCACAGCCGAGGCCACAGCCGAGGCCACAGCCGAGGCCGCCCGCCCGAGCAGGCCGAGCAGGCCGCGUCCCCUCCGGCCUCCGCGCCGAGCAGCCUCGCGCUGAGAAUCGCCCGCCGCGUGGCCGCCACGCGCCUCGAGGCCCGCCGCCGCCCUUCCCGCCGCCGCGAGCCAACGAGCCAACAAGCCAACAGGCCGGUCUCUGCUCGGGCCCUGCCCAGGGGCGCGGGCUGCGCCUGGGGCCCUCCCGCCUCGCAGGGCCUUCCCCUCGGCCGCCCGCAGCACGCGGCCCCUGUCCGCCGUCCCGGCGAGGACGCCAUGCGGGGCCCCAGGCGCCGGCGCCCCGUGGUCCCCCGUGGUCCCCCGUGGUCCCUCGCGGCCGCCCUCCGGCUGCCCCCACCUCCCCGCGCCUCCUCCCGCGCUUCCCCGCAAAGGCCUCGGGCGCCUCAGGCCCGGCCAUCCGCAGGCCGCCGCGCCCAGGGCAACACCAGGACACAGCGCGUCCUCCCAGGGCAACGGCCGCCCCCGGAGACCCGCAGGGGCGCAGAGCUCUGCAGCGAAGACCUCGGACCGCGCACCCUGCACCCCCGGAUCCUGCACCGCGCACUCUGCACCCCGCACUCGUACCCCCGGACUCCGCACCCUGCACCGUACACUUGCACCCCCGGACCCUGCACCCCCAGACCCUGCACCGCGCACUCGCACCCCCAGACCUCGGACCGCACAUCCCCGAACCUCGCACCCCGCACCCUGCACCCCCGGACCCCGCAACCUGCAUUUGCACCCCCCGACUCCGCACCCCGCACCGUGCACUCGCACCCCCGGACCCCGCACCCGCCCCCCGCCCCUCGCAGCGGCCCCGCGGGCGGACGGGCAGUGGGCGCAGAGACCCCGGCGCUGGGGGCCGCCCGCGACCUCCGGGACCGCAACAGGGCGCGAGGGGAAGGGGGGAGGGACGGGGCGGGGCGCGCGUGGGGCGGCGGGGCGCGUGGGGCCCCUCGCCCAGCCCCGGCACCGCCCACGCGCGCCGCGGGCCCCAGCCGCCCCCCUGCCGCCCCUCACCCCCGCGCCGAGCUCCGCGCCGGGAUCCGCUCCGGCCCGCGGCCGGCGCCCGGGAUGCAGCGGGAUUCCUCCGCCGGCCUCCCCGCGGGCCCGGGACGCGCCGCCCCAAACCCCCGCACCUCGGGGCCCGCGCGGCUCACCGGCGCCCCCGCCCCUCCAGGCGCCGCCCCGACGUGGCCCGGACCCCGGGGAGGGAGAGGCGGGCGGGGGACGCGGGACCCGGGCCUCGGGGCGGGAGGCAGCAGUCCCGCGCCGCCGCCCUCCCCCCGGGGCGCCGUCCCGCCGCCGCUUCCUGCCCGGCUCAGCGCCCCGGCCGCGGCCUCGGGGACACUCCGGGCGGCCCGCGCUCCGCGGGGACCAGCCGCUCCGCCCGGACCCCGGGACCUCGGGACCCCCGACCCCUCCCAGCCCCCCCAGCCCCGCGGCGCCCCCAGAACUCCGAUCCGACCCCCGGCCCCCGCCCGCAGCCCCGCAACCCCGCGAGCCGCCUCACCGCGCUCCGCGCCGCCGGGGCUCGCUCCCGCGGGGCCGCUCCCGCUCCUGCCGCAGCCUCGGAGCUGCCGCGCCGCCUCCUCCGCCGCCGCGUUUCAAAUUGAAAUUCCCUGGCUCGGGCCGUCAGAGCCCCAGCGCCCGCCCCGCCCCUCGCGGCGGAAGCCCCGCCUGCGCCCCCCGGACGCGCCCCCAGCGCGGAAACCCCCGCGGCCGCGCCACGCCCCGGCCACGCCCCGGCCACGCCCCUCCGACCGCGCCACGCCCCUCCGGCUGCAUCACGGCCCUCUGGCCACGCCCCCCUCGACAGCGCCACGGCCCUCUGGCCGCGCCACGGCCCUCUGGCCGCGCCUCUUCGGCCGCGCCACGCCCCCUAUGGCCACGCCCCCCUUCGGCCACGCCCCGGGGCGGGGCUUGCCGCGGGAUUCACCGCCCGGGCCGCCGGGCACCCGCGGCUGCAAGGGUGCGCUCCCCGACCGCGAACCCCGCCCGUAA